CUUUUCAUUCUUUUUGGAUUGCAUAUACAUUUCCUCCUCCUCCUCCUUGUCAUGUUGUUAUAUUCGAGACUGAGUCAAACUUUAUUCCGUUGGACUAUUUUGAAAAGGAUUCAAGUUGAUGGAAUGCACUACUUGUCUUCUCUCAAGUCAACACCCUUGAUGUGGCGAGCCAAAAGAACUUGGUGUUCUGGAGUAGCUCUACCAGACUUGAGUUCCAAUCAUCGUAAUGUCAUGGCUCUAGAUAAAGACCGCAUUCGCCCUAUUCACGCCAACAACGCCUUUGUGGCUCCUUCUGCUAGCGUCAUCGGUGCAGUUGAUUUGGCAGAAAAAGUGGUAGUUUGGUAUGGCUCUGUUCUUAGAGCAGAUUUUGCAGAGAUUGUUGUUUCAGGAUUCUCCGUAAUUGAAGAUAACUGUGUGCUUACUGUAGUACCUCCCAAGCGAAGUGGAGAACUGAAGCCCAUCAAUAUUGGCAGUUGGGUAGUGAUAGAAUCCCAUAGUAUUCUGCAGUCUUGUACUAUAGAUUCUCGUACUCGUAUUGGAGCUCAUUCGGUUAUUGAACCAGGUGCACAUAUUGAUAUGGACUGUGUUAUCCUUCCUCACUCUGUGGUGAGUGCUAACCAAAGUAUUCCAACUGGUGAAGUUUGGGGAGGAAAUCCUGCCAAGUUUAUUCGAAAAGUGGAUCCUGAUCAAGUCGAGGAUACGAUUCAACAAGCAGAAAAUAUGUUUUAUUUUACUAAACAACAUAUUGUGGAGUUUUUUCCCAAAGGUUUUGCUUACAUUGAAAAGGAAAGAUUACAAACUCGUUUGGAAUAAAAGAUCAUUUUCUUUCUUGUUGAAAAGGAAUGUCGAAUGAGGUUGUUGUUCUGUGGAGGAAAGAAGAGGCUUAUAUUCAACUUGUGAUGCACUUGUACAAAUAUGCAACUGAAGCUGUAUGUGGUGUAUUGU